AUGAAAGAACUGUAAUCAUUAUUAGUGAACUUUUUUAAGAAGCAAAUGAGUUCUUAAUUUAAAACAAAAUUAAAUUUUUUCCGAAAAUCAUUUGCAUCCAAUAAAAAUCAUUCAAAAAAUGAAGGUUAGGGAAAUAAUCACUACCAAACCAUGCUACUGAACCCACCAGACAAGUGA